AUGCGACCAGUACAGCGAUACAGAUGGUCUACAGGUGGGAUUUUGAAGAGCUUCAGGUAUGCCUGUACGCUAGCAGAGCCCCCAGAGAUACCUUUACCCCGUAUUCAGCCAAAGCCCGGUACAGACAUGAGGGUCCUUUACAUUGGAGCCGGGAACAUCAACUUUGGCUCAGAGGAAGGUCCAUGGAAUCAUUCUCAACGAUUGGAACAGAUUCUAGGAGCUCGUCUGAACGUCGUCGGCGUAGUGGAUCCCAUGACGGCUCGUGCAGAAUCAGUUUUGGAGGCCAAACGCUUGACGGUCGCGCGGCCGGCGUACCAGAGAACGACAGUCUUUCCAACCAUCCAAGAAGCAGCGAAGGCUUUGUCCUCUAGCCCACCACACAUUGUCAUCGUUGGCUCUCCGCCUGCGUUCCGCGGUCAAAUGCAGCAGCCAAACAAUGCCGAAGAGCAACUGUCCACUGCCUUCCCAUCGGCUGGCAUGUUUGUCGAGAAACCAGUCAGUACAGGGGCUGUGGAGCAGGCAACCAUGGUCGGCAAAUUCUUAGAAUCCCGAAAAGAGAACAUUGUCAGUGUAGGGUACAUGUUGAGAUACUCUGCCGCGGUUCAGAAGAUGCAACAGAUCAUCAAGGACAACGGGCUGACGGUGAUGAUGACAUCAGGGAGAUAUGUCAUGGCAUACGAGGCCAGUCGGAAGCUCGCAUGGUGGAACAAAGCGGUAGACUGUGGACCUAUAGUUGAACAAGCGACGCACUUUGUGGAUUUGUCUCGAUACUUUGGGGGGGAGAUCGAUCUGCCCAGUAUAGCAGCACACUCGAUCGAAUGGUAUGAGCGGCCAGGGCAACUUUCCAAGAUCCGAGUGGACGAGUCGAAGAUCCCGGAAGAUCAACGGAUUCCUCGAUUCACUUCCGCCACUUGGAAAUAUGACAAGGGUGCAAUCGGUCAUCUUGAGCAUGGUGUCGCAUUGCAAGGCCAGACAUUCUCAACCGAAUUCACAGUCUUCGCCGACGGAUACCAGAUGAAGCUGAUUGAUCCCUACAACCGCCCUACUCUGUACCUUCGCCAACCUGGAUCUGACACUGAGCAGAUCAUGACGUUUCACGAUGACGACCCUUUCCUGUCAGAGAUGGCAUCCUUCAUCGACACCGUCGAGGGGGUUGAGCCAAAGAUACCAAUCCUGUCGAGCUACGAAGAUGCUGUCAGAACUUACGAAGCAACCUGGAGUAUUCGUUGGGCGUCGGAGAAGACAAGGCGCGGAAGAUAG